CUGAACAAGGAUGAUAUUCCUACCAGCGCCGAACCCGCCGCAACAACUGAAGCGAAAUCCGCAUUUCUUAAAAGCAGGCCCAAAAUCCUUCAUCGCGUCUAAAAACAACACUUCUAUUGGCGUCCUCGUUUAGAAAAAUCUCCGUCGUGCUUACGCCAAGGUCAUCAGAUAAAACAUGCGACAAGCGCACUGCAAGGUAAAGACAGGAUGUCUGACAUGCAAAAUUCGGAGAGUUAAAUGCGAUGAGAAAAAGCCAGCUUGUCAUCGCUGCACAAGCACUGGUCGGAAAUGCGAUGGCUACACGCUCGUGCAGAAGACCAACCCGCCAGAUGUGGCGCAUGGUCGGAUGUUAUUGCCGCCUGUCUCUGCUAUUAAUUCACAAUCCCUGCUUCCUGUUGAAGAACGAAGGGCGCUCCGGUAUUUUCACAGUGUUAUUUCACCGCGGUUGUCGAGUGCUAGGGAUGGCUACUUCUGGACCCAUCUUGUGAUGCAGCUCAGCGAGUCAGAGGUCGUUGUGAAACACACCAUCUUAUCGAUAAGCUCAUUGUUCGAAUCAUCUGAAGGGAAGAAUGUGGCGCCAUACACGGAGAGAUUUGCUUUGCAGCAUUACACAGCGGCGAUUCAACGGCUCAAGACGAUUCACAGCGAGCCUCUAGUGUUACUCGUGUGCAUCUUGUUCAUCUGCGUUGAGUAUCUGUUAGCGAAUAACAAGAUUGCGCUACAACAUUGCCAACAUGGUCUUGCAAUCAUGGAAAAAUGUAGCAAUCCUUGGGCUCGGCGGCAUCUCCUACCUGUUUUCAGACGGAUGACAGCUGUGCCUAUGCUUUUUGGUCCAGAGGACAUAGAAAGCGAAAGUAUGCCAGCGUUGACCUACAUGAUACCGACCAAGUUUUACUGCAUGGAAGACGCACAAUACAUGAUGGACGAUAUCUUCAACCGAGUGGUACGGCUCUGCCACAUGAGGCAUCGCGGAGUUGUCUUCGACAUGACAGAGGAGUACAACACCGUCGCCACUCAUCUACAGACCUGGCAAACGCUAUUCGAAAAGCUCGAAGUCGAUACGACCUCUUUAUUGUACCAAGCUCAAGAGAGAUCACUCUUUAUGCGUCUCAAACUCUGUUAUCUCGAGUUAUGUGCCGACUUCCGACCUGAUGAACACAUGGGCACAUUUCGCCAAGUGCUGCAACUAGCGAGCUGGCAAAGUCAAAGGUCUACUAAACAAUCUACGUAUGAGCUGGCAUACACUCCAAUGCUGUUCUUUGUAAUUAUGAAGUGCCCUGAUUUGAGCAUUCGACUUCCUGCCCUGCGGUUAAUGAAGCAGCUGGGGUCGCCGACGGAGGGUCUGUGUGAGAACUUACAAAUGCUAACUACGAGCCGGGAGAUAAUACAAGAUGAACAUAAGCUGGAAAUAAUUAACUUUGACAUGGAGAUCAGUGGGUAGAUUCUGACUGCAAGCC